CUCGACUGAUUUUUCGGGAGGCGGCGCGUUAGUGAACGAGGCAGCACGGCAUCGAACAGACGUCUUUUAACAAGCAACACUCGUUGAUAAUUGCGAGCUGCACACGAUAUAUAGUUUUGCCGGGCGUGCGUGCGUUACACACUAAAAAAAGUUUACACAGAGGUGAGGCGUGUCAGAGACAUCGUCGACGAGGAGAAGCUCGUCGGUUUAUUUUUUCGUUAUCGCAAGCCAAGCAGUAGCGCUGCGACCUAGAGGGACAAUGUCGUCGCUCAGUGGUGACGAGAGCAACGAAACGGCCGGCAACGAAACUGCAGUAAGGAGAACUCGUUCGGGCCGAGCUGUCAAAGCUGUGAGCACCCCAGUGCCGACAACAAAAAAGACUCCCAUAAAAAAGACAACAAGAUCUACCCGGGCCUCGAGAGCUUUUCAGGAGAUCAUUGACGAGGAACCUCCUGUAGUUCCACAGCAAGCUGAGCUAGCUUCUGAAAAUGGUGUGCAACAAGAAAUCUUCGCCGAAGAACUCCUAAGUAUAAGUGAAGUUCAAGAUUAUAGUGAAGUACAAGAAAGUAAUCCAGAAGCCUUUGAAAGUAACGGUGAAAAUAUAGCAGAAGUAGCUGCAGCUGCUUAUCAGGCAGAAGUGAUGAAUGAAGACGAAACAAUGGAACAAGAUCCACUAGCUUCUAAUCAAUUAGUAGAACAACUAGAAGAAGAAGAAAACCAAGUAAUGAUGAAUGAGCAGGCUGUGGUGGAGCAUCAAGAAAUGGAAGAAGUACCACAAGAAGCUGCUCCAGAGGACAACAUCCCUGAAUUUGAUCCUGAAGAAGUUGAAGAUGAUCAGAAAAUGGAAACAGAGGUUCCAGCCCAAGAUAAUCCUGAUAAUGCACAAAUGAUGGUUGAUAACGAUGAUAAUGAUGAUCAAUGUAUCCUGAUUGAAGAUGACAUAGAUCCAAACUAUGGAUUAGAUGAACAUAUUGAAGAGAGUAAUGACAGUGAAUCUAAAGCCAAAGAAAAUAAUCAAGAAGUCAUUGAAAUUAGUGAUCAAGAAAGCGAUCUGAAGAAAAUAGAACCAGAUACUGAAGCUGUGUCAGAAGAUGAACUACCAACUGAAACUGCUAAGGAACCUGAAACCGAAGCAGUAUCAGAUGAAGAGUUGCCUGCUGCGCAACCUGCUGAUCUUGGUGAAACUGAAUCUGUUUCCGAUGAUGAGCUACCAUUAGAAAGUGAAAAGAAAAAGAAAGGUGCAAAGUCAGUGAAGACUCCUGAGAAGAAGACCAAGACCAGCACAGGAGUAAAAAGAAAGAGAACUCCUCAAGGUGAAUACGAUCCCUGUUCACCUACUUCUGAAAAUAAUGAUGAAACCCCUGCUAAAAUAAAAGCUAUUUCAGCUGACACCUCCAAUGACAAGGAUGACAAGCCAUUAUCUCCCAAAAAGAAAAUGUUACCUGAACUGGAAAAGUACUGGAAAGCUGUCAUUGAUGACCCUGCUGAUUUCACAGGCUGGACUUAUUUGCUGCAAUAUGUUGAUCAAGAGAGCGAUGUAGAAGCUGCGAGAGACGCAUAUUAUAAAUUUUUAGAUCGUUACCCUUACUGUUAUGGUUACUGGAGGAAAUUUGCUGAUUAUGAGAAGAGGAAAGGGGACCCCGAACGAGUUCAAACGGUCUUCGAUCAAGGUUUGAACGCCAUAUCACUGAGUGUCGACCUGUGGCUGCAUUACAUCAAUCACUGCAAGGUCAUACACGAAAAAGACGAGGAAAAAAUGCGAGAACAAUAUGAGAGAGCCAUCAAGGCAUGCGGGCUCGAAUACAGAUCCGAUCGCCUUUGGGAGAGCUACAUCAAAUUUGAGCAGGACCACAAAAAUCCUAGCAAAGUAAUGGCUAUCUACGAUCGUUUAUUGACAACGCCUACGAUGGGUUAUAUGUCUCACUUCGAGUCGUUCCAAGAGUUUGUCAGCUCAACCAGCCCCAACAAAAUUCUCAGCGUUGAUGAUUUCCUUGAAUUAAGGGCUGAAGUCAAAUCUCUAUUGAAAGCAGAUGAGGCUGUUGCUGGUGCAGAUGAAGCGCCUCCAGGUGAGGAAUCUUCUGCCGAUGAUAAGCCGCCUACCGAUGAAGAAACUCGUAUGAUUAGAGAAAAAAUUAUCAGUAGCAGAAGAAAAAUGCAUAAAGCUAAUGUCAAUGCCGUUGCUGCCAGGUGGAACUAUGAAGAAGGAAUCAAGCGACCAUAUUUCCAUGUAAAGCCUUUAGAAAGGUGUCAAUUGAAAAAUUGGAAAGAAUAUCUCGAUUACGAAAUUGAACAGAAAGAUCAUGGUCGGAUAGUUAUAUUGUUCGAGCGUUGUUUAAUAGCUUGCGCAUUGUACGAUGAGUUUUGGAUGAGGUUUGUGCGUUACUUGGAGUCACAAAAAGGCGACAAUGUUGACAAGAUCCGUGAUGUGUACCAUCGAGCUUGCACUGUUCACCACCCAAAGAAGCCAAAUCUUCAUUUACAAUGGGCCAGUUUUGAGGAAGGUAUGGGCAAUUACGUGAAAGCUGCCAACAUACUCGAAAACAUCGAUUCAGUCACGCCAAAUAUGCUUCAGAUUGCUUACCGUAGAAUUAAUCUUGAGCGCCGUCGCGGUGAUCUCGAAAAAGCAGCUGAACUUUAUGAACACUAUAUCGCCACUAGUAAAAAUAAAACAAUAGCAAACAAUAUUGUUGUCAAAUACGCAAGGUUCUUGUGUAAGAUUAAAAAUGACACUGACAAGGCAAUGAAAGUCUUAUUAAAGGCUACAGAAAAAGAUAAGGACAAUCCCAGACUAUACUUGCAACUGAUCGAUUUAGGGCUACAAAGAAGCCCAGUCGAUGUUCAGGAAGUUAUCGGAUUCAUGGAUUUAUUCAUUGAUCGCGAGCAUGCUGAUGUUGAGCAGCGAGUAUUAUUUGCCCAACGCAAGGUCGAGUUUCUUGAAGAUUUCAGCCGAGAUAUUAGACAGGUUUUGAAAGCACACGACCAAUUCCAGAAGUGUAUAAAGCAAGCUAAGGAAAGAAAGAAAAUCAAGAAUGACGAGAAAAUUGAAGCUACUCCGCCAAAGAAAACCGUCAAGACAGAUGCGGCCGCUCCCGCUGCAACUCCAGCAUCUUAUCAGUACAGUAGCAGUUCGACACCUUAUCAACAGCAACAAUUCCAGGCUGGUCAAUAUAGCCAAAGCUAUCAACAGAGCUAUCAACAAUACCCUCCUCCAUCGGCGGAUCCUAAUUACGCUAAUUAUCAAAAUUGGCAGUACAGCCAAAGUAAUCCUCAGGCUUACGCACCUUAUAAUCAAUGGGGCUCUUAUAACUAUUACUAAAAAAAAUGUAUGACUAUUGCGAUAUGGCACGCAUACCACACAAAUUGCUAUACUCCCUUUCGGUGUGAUAUCAUUGAAAUGUAUAUUAACUAUAAUUGAGCAUCCACUUAUAAGGUCAUGGCUGCACAUAUUUUUUUGUUCUGUCUUACUUGCACAAUGAAAUUCGACCAGUGCGAAUAUUAUGUAUAGGAUUUACUUCAGAAAUGGACUAAUGGAAAUUAUUUUCGGCUCAUGUUGGUGGCUAUGACAUGGCGUUGUAAGCGAUUAUUACUGUUGUGCAGAAUUGUAGAAAUUUAGCUGUAAGACUUUGAGAGGACUGAUGAGAAUGUGCAGGACGAGCGUGUGUGAUUGUACUGUUUCAACUUUUUUCUUUUUAGUUUUCACGUAAUUUGAUUUUAUAAAGAGCAACUCUUGUUUUCUAAUCAUAAUUUGAAAAUAUGCAUGGAGUCUACUCUUAUCUUUGAAUAUAUUUCAAGUGGAAAAACAUCUUAAUUUUUUAAAUAAAAAUUGAUGUUGCUAAUACAUAUUAAAACUAUGAGUUUGUACGAAAUUUUUUGUAUAGCUUACUUCUAUUUGUAUCACUAAGGAUUAUGAUCAAUCAAAUAAAACUUUUUUAUCUGAA